UCCACUCGAAAAUCAGCCUGUGUAAUGUACUCUAUCAUUAAGUGCCCGCACGAAAGAAAAGUUCUGUUAAGAAUCUCUCAGUAAUACUGUGUUUAACUGACGUGUUAGUUGUGAAAUUGUUUCUCGUAAACACGCAUCUUUUCGUUCACUGAAGAUAUAUCGGUAUUUUCGCUUCAUUUGUCACGGAUUUGAAGGCUAACGGCAAUCAUGAAUAUGAAUAUGAGUACGCUGAAUAGUACUGUAUUUUAUGGAACACAUUCAAUGACAGGUCAUGGAACAGACUCGAUGACUGGACAUGGACAUGGAACACGCUUGAUGGGAAAUGACCACUCUAGGACUAUGGGAGGGCACAAUAUUCCAGGAGAUCAUAGUACGAGAGGCCAUUCGGUGGGUUUUGAGUUCAGUUCAAAAGCAAUAAUUUUGUUUCAUGACUGGAGUAUUGAUAGCAUUGGAGGAAUGGUGUGGUCAUGUAUCGUGGUAUUCCUUAUGGCCAUGUUUUAUGAAGGUUUCAAAGUUUUCCGUGAAGUCUUGCGAAAAAAACACUGCACUUCCGAAGAUUACGACGUGCCUGGCAAUAAUACCAAUGGCCAACUCGUGGCUGGCAAGGGAUUUUGUCAUGCAUAUGUGCAUAAGGGCAGGUCCUGUUACUGCAACCGGCAUCAUUUCCUCCAAUCUUUUCUGCACAUCAUCCAAGUGGCGAUUAGUUAUUUCCUGAUGUUGAUAGCGAUGACUUACAAUGGAUGGCUUUUUAUUGCUGUGUGUCUUGGAGCUGGUUUUGGUUACUUUUUGUUCAGCUGGAAAUUCCCAAAGUCGUUUGAUGUCAAUGAACACUGCUAUUAAUUUUUCUUUGGCAGUGAGCUGUUUUUCAUCCAUCCCAAAGUCGCCAUCAGAAUCAAAUCUGUAACUUUUCCAUUUUUCGUAUUGAUCAUCAGUAGGCUUAUAAUUAAAGCAAAUAAACCAAAUCAAUAAACAUUUAAUUUUUAAUUUCGGUUAAAAUAUACACAAAAAACAGACACAAAAAUGCUACACUUAGUCUUAGGGCCCGUUUACACACUGCGAUUUUAUGUGUGAUCUUCUUUUGUUAGAUGUAAACACUUGAUGUAAACGUACUAAAUGAGUGAAUUGGUUACUGACUGAUGUUCAAAUAAGAGCUCUUAAGCAUUCGUAACUUAUUACUCAUUCACAUCUAUCAAUAGAAGACUGAAAAUAGCACAUAAAAUCGCAGCAAAAAGUGUAACGAGCCUCAGUUGUACCGUCUCUAACCAUAUGGUGAAUGUAAUUGGUGCAUAUAUAUGGUAUUAAGAAAUUAUUGUUUGUAAUUUGUAAUACUUUUAAUAUAUAUAUAUAUAUAGC